AUGGCUCACGUCGACAACACUCGUGUCUUCCUCGACGACCUCGGCUCCCCAUCCGACACCGCGCUUCCAUACGACCUCUCCAACAUGACCAUCGCCAACCUUCCUUCUGCGUGCUGCGAUGCAACUUCGUAUCCGUGCACCAUCACCGACUUUGACGCAUGCGCAUCUACGUCUGCGACCGCUUCUUGCAACACUUCGACAAUGCCACUCUCUCGACCCUUUGACCAUCGCGCCCCGUACGCACCCGCGGUUGCGGCAUCGGGCGUUUCUGCCGUGUCGGUGACCACUCACUCCCAUCGACCGCCGUCCAAAUCCCACUCGAUAUCCUCGGUCGAAUCGUUGGCUUCAUCGUCCACCGAUGCGCCUUCCACACCGCCACACGAUGCGGACGACAUUCAAUUCGACAUGGCCACCAUCGCGAAACCGGCGCGUGCUUCUGCCGACUCGUAUCACGUUGGCAAUUACAUACCUGGCAUGCCAUCUCAACCAUCGCAUCUCCCACAAAUGUCAAACCAAUCGGUCGAUGCUGCCACGGACCCUGCUACGGCCACGCCGCACGCCAACAACAAUCCUGCUCCCACGCGCGCUCCUGCUGCGGAUCCCUCGCACUCUGUCUCGCGGAACGACAAACACAAAAACUCGAUCAGCUUCCGCGUCGGUAGCAAGUACAAAGUCUGCGAGAUCAUCGGCGAAGGUGCUUACGGCGUCGUAUGCAGCGCCAUCCAUCGAGCCACGGGGCAGAAGGUGGCCAUCAAGAAGAUCCAGCCGUUCGAGCAUCAGAUGUUUGCUCUGCGCACCUUGCGCGAGCUCAAGCUGCUCCGCUUCUUCCAGGAAUGCGACGUCUCGGAGAACAUCAUCAGCAUCCUCGACAUUAUCAAGCCCAGCACCUACGAGGCCUUCACCGAGGUCUAUCUCGUUCAAGAACUCAUGGAGACGGACCUGCAUCGCGUGAUCCGCACUCAAGAGCUGUCGGAUGACCACUGUCAGUACUUUACGUAUCAGACUCUGCGUGCUCUCAAGCCCAUGCACUGCGCCGAUGUGAUUCAUCGCGAUCUAAAGCCGAGCAACGUGCUGCUCAACGCCAACUGCGACCUCAAGGUCUGCGACUUUGGUCUGGCGCGCUCGGUGCUCACUGCGGACCAGGAUACUGGCUUCAUGACCGAGUACGUCGCCACUCGAUGGUAUCGCGCUCCUGAGAUCAUGCUCACCUUCAAGCAGUAUACCAAAGCCAUCGAUAUCUGGGCUGUCGGCUGCAUCCUCGCUGAGAUGCUCACCGGUCGACCUCUCUUCCCCGGCCGGGACUACCACCAGCAGCUCUCGCUCAUCCUCGACGUCCUCGGAACGCCCACCAUCGAGGAGUUUCACAACAUCAACAGCCGACGAUCGCGCGACUACAUCCGCUCCAUGCCCAUGCGCAAGCGUCGGGACUUCCGCACGCUUUUCCCGAAAGCCUCGCCGGAAGCGAUCGACUUCCUCGAGAAGACGCUCACCUUCGACCCGCGCAAUCGCCUGUCCGUGGAAGAGUGUCUGUCGCACCCGUACCUCGCGGCUUACCACGACCCCGACGACGAGCCCGGCGCACCCAGGCUCGACCCGGACUUCUUCUACUUUGACAUGCAGAAGGAGAGCAUCACCAAGGAGGAUCUGCGCAAGGAGCUUUGGUACCAGGUGCAGGAGUUCCAGCCGCUUCUUCGCUGA